UAAUUUUUACUUUUUGAUUAUUAUUUAUAAUAACAUAAUAACAUGAUGUCGUCGAUGAUGAUGAAGAUGUAUGGCCAGAAAAAAGACCUCAAGAAUAACAGAAUCUAAAUCGACCGACGCCCAUUCAGCUAUAGCUAACUGACUAACUAACUAACUAACUAACUAAUCAUCAAAUUCAAACUCUUUUUCUGUUUGUAUAUAUUUUAUUUGUCUCUAUGUGUGUAUGUUAUAUUCACUAAAUUAAAUAACGAACUGAACAACAAGCAAACGAUAAUGAGAAUAUUUUUAUCAAUGAAAUUUUUUUUUUUUUUUUUUUUUUUGAAUGAAAAGAUGAUGAACACGUUUUGAAUCGAUUGUUUUCUAACUUUUUUUUCGUUUUUCCUCUGUCCCGGUGGGUGUGUGUGCGUCGGUGUAUGUCGUUGUCUGUUUAGGUUCUGUUGUUUGUUUCGAUACAAGUGAUUCAUUCAUUCAUUCAUUCAUCCUCAUUAUGUUCAUCGAUUGAUCAUCAUUAUCAUCACAAGUGACUUCGUACAAAUCCACCCGAUUCGAAAUACACACACAUUGAUUCAUUAGUUUAUUUUUAUCGAUCGACACUACAGUGAUUAAUUCUUCAAGAUUAAUAUUCAAUAUUCAAUAUUCAAUCUUCAACGACAUCGAUAUCGAUUCUCUUGGAACAUUUAUGUUGAUUGGUUGAUUUAUAUCGAUUCGACGUUCGACAAACACUACGACCAUUACGACUAUAACACAUAUCUGUGGCGCGAUGGGUUGUGCUAUGUCCGCUGAAGAGCGGGCAGCUCUUGCACGCUCAAAACAAAUCGAAAAGAAUCUCAAAGAAGAUGGUAUACAAGCGGCCAAAGAUAUCAAACUUUUGUUACUUGGUGCUGGCGAAAGUGGGAAAUCGACCAUUGUCAAGCAAAUGAAAAUCAUUCAUGAUUCUGGUUUCACCACCGAAGAUGUAAAACAAUACAAGCCAGUCGUCUAUUCGAAUACUAUCCAAUCGACGGUUGCAAUUUUACGUGCAAUGCCUAAUCUUGGUAUAUCAUUUGGUGGACCGGACCGUGAAUCCGAUGCUAAAAUGGUAUUCGAUGUUGUGUCGCGGAUGGAAGAUACCGAACCAUUUUCCGACGAACUAUUAGCCGCAAUGAAAAGGCUGUGGUUAGAUCCGGGCGUUCAAGAAUGUUUUGGCCGAUCAAACGAAUAUCAACUCAACGAUUCUGCCAAAUAUUUUCUAGACGAUCUUGACCGUCUAGGCAAAAAAGAUUAUAUGCCAACACAACAAGAUAUACUGAGAACACGAGUGAAAACCACCGGCAUUGUUGAGGUUCAUUUUUCAUUUAAAAAUUUAAACUUUAAAUUAUUCGAUGUCGGUGGUCAACGUUCCGAAAGAAAGAAAUGGAUCCAUUGUUUCGAAGAUGUAACGGCCAUCAUAUUCUGUGUGGCCAUGUCCGAAUAUGACCAAGUAUUACAUGAAGAUGAAACAACGAAUCGGAUGCAAGAAUCGUUGAAAUUGUUCGAUUCUAUAUGUAACAACAAAUGGUUCACCGAUACAUCGAUAAUAUUGUUUUUAAACAAAAAAGAUUUGUUUGAAGAGAAAAUUAAAAAAUCCCCAUUAACAAUAUGUUUUCCUGAAUAUACAGGCGCUCAGGAAUAUGGCGAAGCGGCAGCUUAUAUUCAAGCGCAAUUCGAAGCCAAGAACAAAUCGACAACAAAAGAAAUCUAUUGCCAUAUGACCUGUGCAACUGAUACCACCAAUAUACAGUUUGUAUUCGAUGCUGUUACCGAUGUUAUCAUUGCCAAUAAUCUACGUGGAUGUGGAUUGUACUAGUCACAGACACACACACACACACACACACACAACAAAUGUUUAUCAAUCAAUCACAAUGAUCAGUGACCAACAUUGUCCAUUGAUCGGUACACACUAAGAUACAUAGGAUACACUCCCACCAAUAUUAAUUUUUCUAUCUUUUCUUUUUCGUUCUCUCUGCCUAUUUUUCUGUGUUUCUGAAUAAUAAUUGUAAUGAUAAUGAUGAUCAUCAUAUCCACGGUUGAUUGAUUGAUCAUUGAUUGUUAUUAUUGUUGUUAUUCUGUGCAACGUUCUCCAAAUACAAUUGACACACACACCUUCA